CGAAUCCAACUUCGCUUUGUGAUCCACCGCACUCAACUAGCUUCCGACGAUCCAGCCUUUACAGAGUGGCUCCGCUACUCUCGUUACCUUCUUUCGUACCUUUACGCUACUGUCUACGCUUCGCUUAAGCCUUAUAUCAAUACUGCUCUUAACGCUCCCGCUGUGUAUCAGAGUCUUUUCAAAACCUUCGCUGUCUAUACCUACAAUAUAGGUUUCGACAAGUUCUAUAAGUGGACUACCCUUAAAUACAACAAUACUGUUACUCCACAGCACCUUCGGCCUUCAGUCGAUAAUCCUUCCGAACAAGUUCUGAUCAGUAUAUUCUCUGACUUCGUUAUCUCCGAGAAUCGACGUCUCGCGAGUUAUCCCAAUUUUAACUCCGAUCCCGUCUUUUACGACGCAAACGCGGUUCACAAGCCUACUUCUAAAGACACUAAACCAAAGCAUUUUUGUACUUUCCACCAGCGAAAGACCGCUUAUAUAUCAGAGGAAUACUUCCGGAACCCCGCUAACGCCAAUAACGCUAACAACGCUAAGUUAGCUAACGCGGUUAGCACUCCGGCUUCCAGCACCACUAAGACCACCGCCAAUCAACCCACUACAGCCAAUACCGUCACCGGUAACCCUACAUUUCGCUACAACAACCUUUUCGCUACCUAG